AGUGUUCAGCGUUGGAGCAAAAGCGCUCAUAGUUCGAGCCGUCAUACUUUGUAAACUGUGAAUCUGUAUUAGAGUUUCGCUUGACGACAAUAGUGCGGUGUAUCGGUUCCAAUACGUCACGAUUGGAAAGGUGUAGUUCGCACAGACGGGAAACGUCUAUCAACAAGCAUAUCUUAAGUGGAUUGUGGUGAUACUAUUCAUACGGUGACAAUGUGUAGCAAAUGUUCGAACAGAGCCAAGCGGCGAUGGUCAUUAGGAAUUUCAGUCCUGAUUUGUGUGAUAGCGAUUGCACUCGGUGUCGCUUGGUCAUUGGUCGUCCCGGGUGAGAUAGAAAAGCAAUUCGUGUUGCAACCUGGAACGCAGAUUUACGAUACUUGGAUCGAUCCACCGAUCGAUAGCUAUCUGGAGCUGUACCUGUGGAACUGGACCAAUACGGAGGAUUAUCUUAGCGAAGACUAUAAACCUCGGCUCGAGCAGCUGGGACCGUACACGUUCCGAGAGGAAAAAGAACGUGUUGGGCUAGAAUGGAACGACGAUUACACGCUUACCUUCUACCAGAAGCGCAUCUGGCACUAUGAGCCACAACUGUCUAAUGGAGAUUUGGAGAAUGAUAAGGUUGUGACCAUCAAUCCUAUUUUGCUGACCGUUGGGUUCACUUUGGUUGAUAAUCCUCUACUGCGGUUUCUGGAUGCUUUGAUCAGUAUGAAUCCACAGAUCGUCGAAAAUCCAUUCUAUAAUGUUCGAGUGAAAGAGAUACUAUUCGACGGAUAUGACGAUUACUUCCUCUCAUCACUGUUGGAAAUUAUAGACGAGGUUCCGGAAUUGCAAGACAUGUUCGAUUUGCCCCCAUACGACAAAUUUGGAUGGUUCUACGGUCGAAACGAGAGCAAGACGUAUGAUGGAAACUUCACAAUCGGAACAGGGGUCGAUGGCUUAGAGAACAUGGGUGUCAUGAAGCUGUGGAAUGGUGUUAACCAGACGGAUUUCUACAGAGAUGAAUGUGGAAAAGUUUAUGGAUCUACUGGUGAAUUGUGGCCUCCGUUUCAGGAAGGUAGACAACCGAAUGUUACGGUUUUCUCAUCUGACAUUUGCAGCGCUAUGAGUUUGGAGUUUGACGGUGAAUUCAGUCUACUUGGAGUGGAUGGCUUCAAGUGGACAGGAAAUGACCAUGUAUUUGACAAUGGGAAUAAAUACGCCGAAACCAAGUGUCAAUGCACUGCUCCCGAAGAAAAGUGCCCAAUGUUGAAGCCGGGAACCUUAGAUGUUUCACGUUGUAAAAUGGGAGCUCCGGCGACCGUUUCUUAUCCACACUUCUAUUUGUCUGAUGAAUCGUAUCUGAAUGCCGUGGAGGGCAUGAAUCCGAGCAAAAAGGAGCACGAGUUUGUGUUUGCCUUGGAGCCUCAUACCGGUAUCCCCCUUCAGGUGAAGGCUCAACUACAGGUCAACCUUCAAGUGCAGUCAUACGGAUUAUCCGUACUGAAAGGUAUACCCGAGGUGAUGCUUCCAGUCUUAUGGUUCCGACAAACGGCGGAAGUCACAGAGGACCUUGCCAGUGAUUUGAAGUUGUUACUCAGCCUACCAAACAUUGGAAUCUACGUUGCCAUAGGCAUCGGCGUUGUUGGAAUAGUAUGUUUUGCGAUAUCCCUUUACUUUUCUCUGAAAGUCUGGAAAUAAA